UGUUUGUUAUGUCAAAAAUAUCGACAAAGCGUUUGACUCGUUCUCGCUUGCGUUGUAUUUUUAAACAAUUUCAUUUAUUCAAUAAUAAUUUUAUGUAAAGGGAUAUUUAUUUAGUUUAUAGGUAAAUUAUAACUGCCAAGAUGGGGCGCCGAUCAAUAAAUACCACUAAAAGUGGUAAAUACAUGAAUCCCACGGAUCAAGCAAGAAAAGAAGCAAGGAAAAAAGAAUUAAAAAAGAACAAACGGCAGAGACAGAUGGUGAGAGCCGCUGUACUUAAGAUGAAAGAUCCGACACAAAUCUUAGAGGAGUUGCAGAAAAUUGAUGAAAUGGUUUUGUUUAUUUUAGAAUACAAUGUGUUGCAACCAUCGCCUCUGAACGAAAAAGUGUUAAAAGAGAAAAGAAAGAAAUUAAGAGAAACCUUUGAUAGAGUUCUCAAGAUGUAUGACAAAGAUGACCCGGAAAAAUGGGUAGACCUCAAGCGUCAGGAAAUGGAAUAUGAGAAAAGGAAAGCACAUUUAAUAUCCUAUUAUGAAUCCGUGAAGCAUGCACAGUCAGUUCAAGUAGAUGAUAUACCAUUGCCAACUUUACAAGUUCCAGACAACUUAAUAUUUAGCAAUGUACCUUCACAAAUACCGUUACCAGUGGAUGCGGUGUUGCCAGUCGCUGUUAAACCUAUACUGAAAAAAGAUUCAGCGUACAAAGAGAAGCCACUCGGUCUAGAACCGCCCGGCGUGCCACCAGGUCCGCCAUGUGACUUCGAGAUCCUAGUGCUGGAGAAAGAGAAGAUGUAUAAGAAAGACAAAGCUGCCGCCGCCCCUCCACCCGUUGUUACCAAUAACAAAGUGCUCAGGUUCUCCGAUAUGCCUGAUGAAGGACCUCCAGGUGAAUGUGCACCACUACCAAAAGUCCAGGUACUAAAACCACCUAUACCAGAGAACAUUGACGGUGAGGUAGUGGAUGAGGAGCCAGUAACUCCUGCAGCCGCGGCGGCCGCAGCGACGCAGGCGCCCAAACCGACCUCCUUGCAGCAACGCAUGCUGGCACUCUCCGGACAAAACAUUGACGACUUCAUGAAGGAGAUGGAAGAGGUCCACAGGAAGAGGGAACGGGAUAGAGCUGCUGAUCUGAAUGCUAGAUUAAGCGCCCUAAAGCGCACAGGCGGUGGUCGCGACAGUGACUCAGACUCGGACACGGAGGGUCCGCCCCCGCAGCACGUGCCGCACCCCGGCCCGCCUGACUUCACGCUCGAACCACCCGGCGCUGAGCUGAGACAGAUGCCGCCGCCAUUGUUACCGCCGGGUCUCCGUCCGCCGCCUCUCCGCGCUCCACUAGCGCCCCCAAUGCGUCUAGUUCCCCCUGGACCACCGCCCGGCCCUCCUGGACCUCCGCCUGGACCACCAGGUCCACCUGCAGGUGUUCCCGGUUUGCCCCGUGGCAUGCUCCGUCCGCCGGGCCCGCCGCCGGGCGCCCCGCCGCGCCUGCUGCGGCCGCUGGUGCCGCCGCCGCCUCCCAAGCCACAUCCACAGCUGUCUGUAUUGUCUGCCGCUCCACAACUGAUCACGAAGAAGGAUGCUCAGCAAGGAGCAACAAUCAGUGCCAAACCCCAGAUAAGGAAUUUGUCAGCGGACGUCACAAGAUUCGUGCCAUCAGCUUUACGAGUCAAAAGAGAAGACAAAAAGGUUAAGCCUGGACUCAAAUCUGGAACCAUUCAACGGCAAGCGGACAUGCCCAAACAACUGCCGAGCAAGGACGAUGCUUAUAUGCAGUUUAUGAAAGAAAUGGAAGGACUAUUGUAGCGUUUUGAAAGACUGUUACAAAGUAGACAAUAUUUAGAAAUUGCGUAUUCAAUUUAAAUGAUCUUCAUGCCUUGGUGAGUAGCUAAGUUGAUGACAUAAGUACAUCAAGGUACUCUAAACAGUCAAUAGUUUUUCAAAGAUUAAAUACUUACAUUACCCGUACAAUAUCACGUAUAUUAACACGUUAAACGCCACGGCAGUCACCGGUGACCGACGUUAGCGGAGGAUUUGCCUUCAACAGUCUUUUAUUGGCAGCCAAAGCCUUAAAUUUAUCCAAGAAGGUUAUGUGGCAUGGUGCAUCAGUUAUUAGUCUCAUGUAAUAGGUGCAAGCCUUUUGUCAUGUGUUAGACACAAUUGGGUAGUUGUCAAAGUCAAAGUCAAAGCAUUUAUUUCAAAUAAACCAUAAUUUGGUACUUUUGAAACGUCAACAAAUACAAAAUAAAUAAUAGUCUGUCAGUCAGUCCGUCAGUGUAGCUAGGUGAAGCUAUGUCAACUGGUCGAAUUCAAUAUUUUUUUCGAACUGUCGUAAACGACAGUUUUCUAUGAAUUUUGAACGACAUUGUUUAUUGUGAU